AUGCUUCUGCAUGAAGACAUUUCUGAUUCAGCUCUAGAUCGUAAGCCAAACGAUUAUUCAGAAUUAUCUGCAGAACAACAUCAAGAUGUUGCAAGGAAGCUAUUGCAGGACGUGUCUGUAAAGGAUCUAUACUCCUACCUGUCAGUAGUAAUCUACAUGGGUCUGGUGAAAGUUCCUGCUCUGACAGAUUACUGGAAUGGGUCCAUACAGCUACAAGCUGUACAGUAUGUGGACAAUUUCUACACCAGCCCAUCACUGUUCAGAGACCUCCUCCAGAAGGGCAUCUGGGCCUGUGGGACAACUCACAGCAACCGGUACAGAGGAGAUGAGGACGAGAGAAGUGGAGAAUGGACGGAGCUGACUGUUCCUAAACCUGCUGCAGUGGCUGACUCUAACAAGAACAUGGGAGGAGUUGAUCUGUCUGAUGCCCUCAUCGGCUAUUACACUGUUCUCCGAAAGACCAAGAAGUGGUACCGCGGCCUAUUCUACCACUUCGUUGAUAUCGCUGUGGUGAAUACGUUCAUCAUUCAUCAGCAGAUGGCUUUAGCUUGGAACCAAAAACACAAAGAGAGUUCCAUGAAGUCCUGGUUCUGGAGCUUGAUGACUGGAAUGACCUGCUCCUUCUGCUGCAGCUCAAAUUACAGCAGGACCCUCGGGCAAUGCAUGCCACAGGCCCAAAUACCAAAUACAUCUGUGAUGAUUCAAGGAGGAGAUGCAGAAUGUGUUGAAAGCUACAGCGGUGGGUCAAACCAUGUAUUAACUGUUCAGACUGGAGGAUCUGUCACCAUCCCAUGUUAUUAUGACAAGAAAUACACACAGCAGAAGAAAUCCUGGUUCUCAGAGAUUGAUAAAACACACACAUACACAAACACAACAGAUCAGAAUCUGUCAGUAAUUGAUCAUCCUGAUCAGAGUCUCUUUACUGUGACUAUGAGAAACCUACAGAACAAACACAAUGGAGAUUAUUAUUGUGUUGUGGAGACUGGAGAACAACCACCAAAAAAUACAAUAUACAAGGUUUUUCUCAAGAUUCAGUCUGCUCCUGAUGUGUCUGUGGUGAACAGCAGUGUCUCUGGACAUGAAGGUGGUGAUAUCAGUGUUCAGUGUCUCUACAGUUCUGGAUAUCAGAAUAAAACCAAACGUUGGUGCAGAUAUAAAGAUCAGAGAUGUUACACAGUGGGGAGGACUGACACAUCCCAGAAUCCAUCAGUGCAGAUCAGUGAUGAUGAUGAGAGAAGAUCCUUCACUGUGCUGAUGACUGGACUGAGACGGACUGAUUCUGGCUGGUACUUCUGCUCUGUAGGAGAUGCACUGAAUCCUGUUCACAUCACUGUUCAGAGAGACAAUGAAAAUAAAAGUGAGGCACUGAAUCCUGUUCUCAUCACUGUAACGGAGGCAGAACCAGGCACUGUCAGUGACAAAGAAAAUCAAACAGGGAUUCUCAAGAAACAUAAUAAUGAAACAAAACACACGGAGAAGGCACAAAAUAAUGGACUCCUGAUUGUGUGGCUUCUUCCAGCUUUAGCAGCACUUCUGCUGUUCUUGAUUCUGGUCGGUGUUUUCACCUGGAGAUGGAGACGGAGACCCAAACAAGAUAAACCUCACAUCAGAGGGAGAAACAGCAGCAGAACCACUGACAUGAUCUUCUCUAAACCUGAAGAUCCUGUGAUAUACACCACUAUAAAUGAUGAAAUCCCACAUGAUCCCAACAAGGACAUAACCUACAGCACUAUUGUUCAUGAUCCUGGGAGUGAAGCGAUGAAGUCUCCAUCAGGUGAUAAUUCUGCCCUUCCUGUGAAAGAGGAAACACAGAAACUUCAAGAAGUGACCAGUUCCUCACGCAGCUAUAUGCACAUGCACCUGGCUGAUGUUGUCACCAAUCCGGUCUACGAACUUCCGUUCACUCACCACCAGAGGUCAGCCGCUGAUAUGGAAUCUUUACACGGGCCCUGUGUGCUACUCAAAUACACCUUCAAAAUGAUGAAGGAGCAUCCUCCUCAGCGGCUUGAUGAGACACCUGUUGGGGCCGCUGAUACUGAGAUUAAAGGAGGGAGAACGGAGCCGGAGAAAGAUGAAGAAGAGUUUCUGGAAGAGGUCUGCUCUCUGUUUGUGUGUGCAAAAUACAACCUGCAGCUCAGGCUGAGAAGAACCAGAGUGAGACGGGAUACUGUUGCAGAUUUACUGAUGGAAAAGAAAUGUUCAUUUCAGGUUCUGCCUUUUACUCACUCUGACGGUCACAUGGCUUGUUCUCCAUUUCUCUUUGGUGUUUUACUUUGCACCGCAGGAACUUUGAGCAUGAAGACAUUAAAUCAUGUAACUCUGAAAGAAAAUGGAAGCAUUACAAUCCCCUGUCUGUAUGAAAAUCAGUAUAAACCAAACUUAAAAUACUGGUGUAAAGGGUAUUUUUGGGCUUCUUGCAAAGUUAAAGCUCAUGCAAAUGCUACAGGGAAAUGGACUAUAACCGAUUAUCCAGCCUACAAUAUUUUUACUGUGAAACUCAACAAUCCAACGUCAUCAGACUCUGGAUCUUACUGGUGUGCUGUGGAGAUCGGCACUCAUGCAAACCCAGAUUACAGAAAAUAUUUGUAUGUAACCGUUAAAUCAGCUCCUGAUGUGUCUGUGUCGAGCAGCAGUGUAUGUGGACAUGAAGGUGGUGAUAUCAGUGUUCAGUGUCUCUACAGUUCUGGAUAUCAGAAUAAAGUCAAACAGUGGUGCAGAUAUAAAGAUCAGAGCUGUUACACAGUGGGGAGCGCUGACACAUCCCAGAAUCCAUCAGUGCAGAUCAGAGAUGAUGAUGAGAGAAGAUCCUUCACUGUGCUGAUGACUGGACUGAGACGGACUGAUUCUGGCUGGUACUUCUGCUCUGUAGGAGAUCUGCAGGUUCCUGUUCAACUCCUUGUUCAGAGAGACAAUGAAAAUAAAACUGAAAGUGACGAUGCUGGUCUAUUUCCCUCCAUAUGCAGAAACCAAACCGCAGGCAAAAAUAUGGAGGACAGCAACUUCUCCCCUGACGGCUCAUCUGACCAGAUGCACUGGACUUUUCUCCUCCUCUAUACUGCUCUGCCUCUGCUUCUGUUACUCAUGCUGGUUUUAGUAAUCUGGAGGCUUGCACAAAAACACAAAGGGGCUUUGAUCCAAAAACGAGGACCAGACGUCUAUUCUGUGGCAAAAAGUCCAAUGACUGUUGCGUAUGACACUGUGGUCUUCAAGAAAGCAGAAGAUGGUGAACAAAACCAGGUCUCCAUUAGCCGUCCUCCUGAACGAUAUGAAGUGAUCUACAGCACUCCAAAACUUCAAUAACAGAUGAUCUCUGGUCAUUCACAUUAUGAAUAUUACAAUGUUAAGUAAUGACAUCUUCUGUUAGGAAAUUAAGUGUUGCAUGCAUGAAAGGUCAAGAUUAAAUCAGAUUAUUAGAAGCAAUCUGUAAAAUUUUCACUGUUGGUAGAGGUACAUGUACUUCUGCUAUUCUGCUUUUGUUCUUAGUCGAUGUAAGAAGCAAAACUGAAACAUCUUUAACACGUCAGAAACUGACACAAUGAGUUCUGGUCAGUUUAUGAUUAGUUACACAACUUCAGAGAAACCAGAAAACAAUUUACUGGAUUACUCAAUAUUUGUCUUAAGAAUAAAAAGCAUUUUUUUUUUAUUGAGCUGCUAUAUAUUUUAGCAUUUUUAUUGUUGUUUGUGUAAGGCUUAGUUGUAAAAAGUACU